CGCCGGCCGCCAUGUUUUAUUUAGCGUCGUUUGAUUGUUGACGGACGACGUAUGAGUGCAAUAAAUUUUCAUGAAAAAUAGAAGUCAUUUGCAUCUUUAGUGCUAUUGACUAUUUUAUUAAAGAAUUUAAUGAUGGCGGAGAGUUUUGAUAAAAAUGGGUACAACAGCGGCGAAUUUAAGAGAGAGCCGAGGCAACCUGAAGACUGCGGGCCGAUGGACCAAGAUGGCGAUGAAGGAUUGAAAUUGAAUGAUAAAGCCGAUGAAUACAUGAGGGAAUUGUUGAGUGAGAAGAUUAAACUCAAUAACCAGAAAUUCCCAAUCUCGUCCAAACUUAUUGACCAAGAGGUGUCAAGGGUACAAACCACAGGCAGGAUUCCCGCCAAAGACACCAAGUACAUGGAUGUCUUCCGUGAGAAGCCUGUCAAAGUUACAGUUAAAGUUUUGGUGCCGAUCAAAGAACAUCCUCAGUUCAAUUUUGUGGGCAAAUUACUUGGGCCCAAAGGCAACACGAUGAAACAAAUGCAAGAAGAGACCAUGUGCAAAAUGGCUGUUCUAGGACGAGGAUCAAUAAGGGACAGGAGAAAGGAAGAAGAACUCCGUAACAGCUUAGACCCUAAAUACUCGCACUUGUCAGAUGAGCUCCACGUCGAGAUAUCAGCGUUAGCGCCCCCUGCUGAGGCGCAUGCGAGGAUUGCAUACGCACUGGCAGAGGUCAAGAAAUACCUGGUCCCUGACGGCAUGGAGAUGAUGAGGCAUCCGCCUAUUAGGGAACUGAUGGACAGAGGUAUGCCGCCACCCGGGCCAGACAACGUGAUGUACAGUGCUUGCACCGUCACCAAACGGUCGUUCUCUUAUCAAGAUCCGGUUAUUGGCAAAGCCGGCCCGCCCAGGCCGCCGCCGGGUCGUGCGCCGCCUCGCAUGCCGCCGGCGCCGCCGAUGCCACGCGGCAUGCCUGGCAAGACUAAGGUGAUCAGCAUCCUGGACCGCGCUCGCAACGCCAUGGAAAACUCCUACGGGGGCUAUGAAGACCCGUACGCUAUGCCGCCGGAGCCGCCGGCGCCUUCCCAGGUGUCCCGCCAACCGCGCGGCCCACCCAGAGCCUCCGAACAAGAGUUCUACUACGAUCGUCCCGACCGCUACUACGACGAGGGCUUCUACAAGCAAGAGGAGAGGCCCUUCAAGGCGUCAGCUCGUGAUGUGGGCACCCGCAGGCCCCAGCCGCGGCCAUACCAGCGCCACGAGCCCUACGCGCGUCCCAAGGAUUCGUCAUCAAAGAGGCAGCGAUCACAGCAAUAGCCUGGUGAGUACAGCAGCUUAAAAGAAAAACCCUAAACUUCAAGAAAAAAACAAGACAAAAAUAACAAAAAAAUACUAGGAUACGCAAAAGCACCCUAUCCCAUGGACGUCGAAAGUACACAUUCUAAAAUUUAGAAUUUAAAAUAACUUUUCUUGGACCCCAACAUUGUUCGGUUCAAAAAUAAUUAUUAUUAUCAAUUGGUAAAAUUACCAAACUUUAUUGACGGAAAAUACACACAAAUGUGUUACUGGGAAUAGAAUUAAACUUAUAUUUUUAAUUAAGAAUAUCUUAGUUUUAGUUCAAACAUGAAAAUUUGAGUUAUGCUUACAGUGAGAAAAACUAAAAUUUUGGAUUAUAUCACUAUUAAAAAUUAAAUUACCUUCGGUAGUUUCGAAAGAACAAAAACUUUUACUAAAUCAAAUAUUGUAUUAAUUAAGAAGUUUGAAAUUAGUGUUAGAUUAAAUAAAAAUUAUAAUUUCAACAUGUUUUGAUUAAAUAAACAACAUAAAAUUACUAUCCACUAGUAAUAAAAAAGAGAGGCAGGGGCGCAAAAGAUAGUAACACCAUAAAAAUAUCAAAAUGUAACAAAUUGUUAUUAAACAUCUUAAACGUAGCCCCUCUUCUUGCAAUUAAUGUUAAAACAUGUUGAACAUAAUUCAUUUUAGGCAAAAAUUAUGUAUCGCAUCUUUGUGUGACUAUGAAAUAAAUAGUAUUAAAAAUAA